UCACGAGCCUGUGCAAAUUCUCAAAUUUCUGUUCAUGUCUUUAUGCAUUUUCAUGAUUGAAUUUGGUCCAGAAUGCCUGAUUUCUUGAAAAAUAGUUGGAGAUCGACAACGCAAGAUGUUGUGGACAUGCCAGCGUACAAGAUCUCCACGUCAAUUGUCUCGCCAACUGUACAACCUGCGCUCUCGCCGAGUGUUCACCUGGGCUUGACUUGGACCUAUGUCAUUCUGUACAGUUUAUUAUUUCUGAUUGUUUACGUUCAGCUGUGGAUGAUUCUAUACUACAAACACAAACGAUUCAGCUACCAGACUGUGUUCUUGUUCCUUUGUUUGAUAUGGGCAGGAUUGAGAAUGACAUUGUUUUCAUUUUACUUCUUUAACUGCAUCUUGGCGAACAAUUUGUCAAUGUUUCCGGACUGGCUUCUUUACUGUCUACCAGUUUGUCUGCAGUUCAUUACGUUGACAUUGCUUGUCUUGUACUUUUCGCAGGUAGUAUUUAAAACGAAGGCAAAAUUUGAACCACAUAAAUACAAGCGACCCGUAUGGGUCACAGUGGGGAUAUCGAUAGUGAUAUUUGUGGCUACGAACAUAACAUGUGCAGUGCUAACCUUCCAGCAUCGAAGAGACUAUGACACAACAUCAUUACUGCUGAUACAGAUCAGAGUUAUUGUCAAUGAUUCGCUCUUUGUGAUAUUCGGAAUAUUUCUGUCUUGCUGUAUUUACAAAAUUGCCAAAAUUUCUUCUGCUGAUCUAGUCUUGGAGGCAAAGGGUACAACCAGAUGUCAAUCUUUGUCUGCCUGUGUUAUCAUUGUUUUACUGUACACAUCUCGUGCUGUGUACAACAUUGUGGCAAUCAACUGCAGAAAUGACAAGUGUCACAUUCCAGGCUUUGGCUUUAACUGGAUUAAUGUCUCUGAUCAGGCCGAUCAGGAUCUUGAUAAAGGCUAUUCAUUCCUGACAUUUGGCGUUGUCCUCUUCAUUUGGGAGUUUCUUCCUACAUUCAUUGUUGUGAUAUUCUUCCGGGUUAAAAGACCAACAUCGACCCUGACAGUAAGUGAUAUGUCAUCCCACAGUCACGGUUCACGGGCAUACUUCUUUGAUAACCCAAGAAGGUAUGACAGUGAUGAGGAUCUCUCUCGGAGUGUGGUGUCACCGAGGGGAAGUUUAUACGACAUCAGCUCUAGUCCAUACGCCAUAAAUGCUGGUACUCCAAGACAAAAUUCAUUCACGCCAAGGAUGUCAACUCCAAGAGCUGGUGGGAUGAAUUAUGGUGCUACACGGACUAACAGUAGGCCUAGUAGUUAUUCGGGGCAGUACGCAGCAGCACAUAACAAUCCUCCAGUAUUAUUUGCUCAAGGGUCUCAACAGCAGCCAUUCUAUGACGGAACGUGAUAAACUUGUGCUUUGACACUUUUUAUUACAGUUGAGUUGUAUUCAGGCAUCACAUUUUGUAUUCCGUCAAACCCAGUUUGUUUGCAUCAUCAUGAUUAGCAAUGUUUGCUUUAAAAGCAUACUCAGUUAGUUUACAAAUUUAAAAUUUGAACUUAAAAAAUUUCUAAUUCUGUAAAUAUGUACAUAAGACUGAAUAUAAAUUUUAACAAUGCAGUCAUGUAGACUGAUGAACAAAUGCCAAGUUUCCACCCAUUUUCAUGUGUAAUAACUGCAAUACGGCAAUGUUUAUUCCUAUUUACCUGAGCCACAAGAAAAUGUAAUAAACGUGCAUGGCGUAGGCCAGGAGUCUUGUUUACUGAAUGUUGUCUUGUGUUUACCACAGCUUUUGUGAUAAAGAGUAUAAAAUAGCAAGCCUUAUAUCUUUUUUGUCAGUAUUCAUAAUAUUGAAACAGAAACUGGGUUUGAUCCCCCAGAGUUGUGACCAUGCCAGAUUUGACAGUCGUCAUAUUUGUGCCUCUUCCAUCAAUCAUUCCAAUUAGUCUGUAUAUCUUGUCAUUAGUUUUGGUGACAUGGUCACAUCACCAGAGCUUUGUAUAUUCAAAUGAGUUUAGGAACAUGGGCAAUUGUGUGUUAGCCGGAAGGUUGCAAGGUGAAUGUGUGAUCAGUUUUCAUUGUGCCAAAUUAUUCAAGUUGUCCAGUUAAGUUAUUUAGAUUUUUUUUGUAUAGAUGGUAUGAAUUCUAGGUAAUUUUUGAACAGUGAUCAAAUACAAGUGAAAGUAAGCAUAUUUCGGUCGCACUAGCCAAAGAAGUAUCUUGGGACGACAUCCGUGCUUGAUUGAUAUAUGAAUUUUGCCUUCUGCCUUCAGCUUUAAUGAAAAGGUUGUGGUCAUUGAAAGUUUUUACCGGAGAUAUAAUUUACAUGUUGAUACUCCCAUGAAAAUGUAGCUGUUUAAAGUGAUGUACGGCUUUGCCUGUCCAUUCAAAAACUCUUUCAACUAGUAAUUAGUCCAGCUCUGAUGAUACCAGAUAAUUGAUGUGGAUAAUAUUUCACUCUAUAGUUUUCUGCACUUCACUGGUUAGAAGUGCAGUGUUCAUGCCAUUAAUCAAUAUCUAUACUGAUGUAUUCUUGUAUGUCUAAAAGACUUUAUUAUUUCAAAAGUGCAAUCCUUGUAAAAGUUAGUCAAAUAGAAUUCUGUGAAUGCUGUGAUAAAAUAAAUUAGAUACAUUAUC